UGGUUAGCUUGUUUGCUCAAACGAUUCUUACAGAUCCGCCCAGGAAGUAGCAAACAGGGCGAGAGUGCAGAACGAAAAACAUCGUAACAAACGGCCAGAAAGUUGUGAGAUUGUGGCUUUCAAGAGUUGUAUGUGUCAGUGAUGUCUAUGAUCUUCAGUUUCUAUUGAAAUAGUCCAUGGAAAAGAGGUUUGGGCGAUAAGAUACGGUUCACCGACCAAGAUGGGUAGAAAUGGCGGGGUUUGUUUUAGUUUCGCAUAGCCUUCCGCUAGGUAUACGAGUUUUUACGCGAACGGAUCAGCAGGUAGAAAACUGAGGCAAUACUAAUUGUACCCCGAUCACAUUGGUACCAAAUAAACUUGUUGGACGAGUAGGCUAUUACAAUAUUUUUAUUUGAAGUGUUUACUUAUUUUUCUCUCAACUGCCUCCUGGGUCCUACUAACAUGACGCCCGACCUCCUUAACUUCAAGAAGGGAUGGAUGUCAAAACUGGAUGAGAAUGGAGAGUGGAAGAAGCACUGGUUUGUGCUGACCGAUGCUGGUCUGAGGUACUACAGAGACUCUGGGGCAGAGGAGAAGGAUGAUCUGGAUGGGGAGAUUGACCUGAAGUCCUGUGUAAAAGUGUCUGAGUUUGAUGUAGAGAAGAACUAUGGAUUUCAAAUACAGACGAGGGAGGCAGUUGUCACACUGUCAGCUAUGACUGCAGGGAUCAGGAGGAACUGGAUUGAGGUUCUGAGGAAGAGUGUUCGGCCCAGCAGCUCUCCAGACCUUACACAACUGCCUGACAGCAGUAGUGACAAGGAGAACUCUCGCUCCCUGGCCUCCACUCGUCCACCACCUUCUCACCACGGGGAUGCUGGAUCAGAAAUCACCACCUCCACCGGACGCCGAUUUGACUGUGUCGAGCUGUCACCAGUGCCCGUCCCCACCAGCCCUCUGCCAGCCACUCAGAGAGAGGCAGGGGAGGGGCAGGGCAGGGAGCACGCCCAAUGGCAGGAGGAGAGGAGCAGAGACGUGACCAGUAGCACAUGGGAGCAGGUGCUGUCGAGGAAAGGGCCGGGUGUAGGCUCAGAUCCCAGGAUAAGAGCAGAGGAGGACAUUGAGAGAAAGUGGGCAGAGUUUGAGCGACUGCCACUAAAGGAGAUGAGGUCACUACUGCCAAUGGGCUCAAGGUCCAGCCAUCCAGCCAAUGAGGCGCUGCAGAGGGAGGUGGCGUCUCUGAGGCAGCAGCUGGAGCGUUUGCAGGGAGAAGGGUGGGGUGGGGGGAGGGUGGGGGGGGGAGGUAGCUGUGGUCGGGAGGCUACGUGCGGCCGCAGCCUUCAGGCCAUGGAGCGGGCCCACAAACAGGCCCUGGAGGAGCUGCAGAAGCAGCAUGCCCGCGAGACCCGGGAGCUGGAAAGGGACAGGGACCGGCUGCUGCGGGAGGAGACCCAGGACACAGCACAAGUUAUGGAGACACUGAAGAAGGCCCACAGGGAGGAGCUGGAGAGAGAGGUGGAGAAGGCAAAGCGGCUUGGUGGAGGGAGUGCCAACACACAGACCCUACGCACACAGCAGCAGGUAGAGACCCAGGCCCUGCAGAGGGAGCUGUCCGGCCUGUCUGAGAGGUACUCCCAAAAGUGUCUGGAGUUGAACAGGGCUGAGCAGAGCAACGGGGAGAGGGAGAAAGACAUCACUCGCAAGGAGAGCGAGCUGGAGCAGCUGAGGAAAGAGAACCAGGACCUACAGACCCGUUUGAUGGAGGAGAUCAGCCUCAUGCGCUCCAUCGUCACGGGCCAGGGGUCGGAGGGUGUUUCCCAUGACAACCAGGACAGGCCGUCCUGUGAGCUGGAGGUUCUUCUCAGGGUGAAGGAGAAUGAGGUGCAGUACUUGCACAAGGAGAUCAGCUGUCUGAGGAACGAACUGCAGUUCCUGAACACGGAGAAGCAGUCGGCCUGUGAGCAGUAUAAAGAGGUGCACGGGGAGCUGAGUGGUAUGAGGAGCAGGAGCGAGAGGGAGAUCCAGAGCCUUAGGGAGCACCUGAGAUUGGCCAUGGUUGCCCUGCAGGAGGGCCAGAAACUAGGCAACAGCCUGGAGCACUGAGAUACCGCCCCUGGGGCUCUGCUCAGAGACACAGAGAGUCGUGUGGGCACAAUGGUGACUGAAAUAGGAGAGGAGCAGAAGUUUUCACACCAGAAGAUGCCGGCUAGGGGGACCAUGAUAGUGCCUUAGCUUUCAAUCAUUCAGCCAAUGAGCGGCAUAGACUAGGAUCAGCUGAUCGGUCAUAUUACACUGGGUCGCGCACAUUUUUAUCUGCACUUUUUAAACUGUUUUUUCUAUUGUGGAUGUGCGAGAGUGAGUGAAUGAAAAUAUUGGUCUGAGAAACUGGAUUAUUUGUGGAAAGUUGCUGUGAUGAAUUUGUGACCUGAAACAGUACUGGAUUACCUUUCUCUGAAUACCUACUUACAUGUAGACACUGUUUACAUGUUGACAGUAGCCAACAUACAAACAGUUGGUCUACAUGUUGGCUACUGUCAAAAAGCUGAAUACGGAAGCAGGAUAUAAUUCUCGCCAAAAACAAAACUAUUUUCAUCUCAGAGCAUGGAUUUGUACAGACCAAUGAGUCAUUCCAUGUUAGUUCAGCAAGCCAUGACACCCACCAUCUCGGAUUGGUCCGAAAUCGUUUCUGUAGUUGGCAACGGUUAAGAUUGGCA